AUGCGCGAGGUCUACGAGAGGUCGUUGAAGCUGGACGCCGAGGUUCGCACCAUCGACUCCAUGGGCGCCGAGCUGGCUCGGACCCGCGCCGAUAUUCAGGAGCUCGGCUCCGUGCGCCAGGAGCUGGUAGCCGAGUUGCAAUCGAUCGAAGGAGAGGUUGCGAAAACUCGGUCCGAGUCGAAGCGAGUGGUGGACAUUAAAGCCGAUAUUGAGACCUUCCAGCAGGAGAUUAAGAAAGGAAGGGUUGCAAUUGAGAAUGAAACGAAAACCAGAGCUAAAAACCUUGAACACCGGCAGGGAAUGGAGAAAACCAUGGCUGCCUUGGCUCGUGAGAUUGAAAAACUUCAUGGGGAGUUGGCCAAUGCAGAGAAGAGAGCAAGAGCAGCAGUAGCAGCUGCUGCAGCAGCAAACCCAGGUCCUGGAUAUCCUGCAACCUAUGGCGACCCCGAAAUGGUAUAUGGAGGAAACGCGUACCCCGACCCCUGUGGCAUGCUGCAUCAGGCCCAGGGUGGUGCUGAUGCUGCCACUCCAUAUGGCUCUGUACCAAUGCCACAUCCUUCUUAUGGCAUGCAACCAAGGCACGAUAUGGGAUGAGAAUUCCGGCAGGCGUUUAGAUGACCAGAGAUCAGACUAUGCUCUUCUGUUUGCCAAUGAUUAUAGUGGUUCAGAAAUGUAAAUUAUCUCGACAUCCCAAAGGGUUUUGGCAGCAAUUACAUGAGCAAUAGCAAGAUGUGAUAUGCAGUUGAAUUAGUGGAGCUGCAUUUCCCUCGCUUCCCUCGUGGGCUUUUUUGCUUUUUAUUUUCAGUCUACCUAGUUCCAACC